CUCAUCUUCUUUCCUUCCCCACCUUUUGUGGGCCUUUCAGCUUCCACCUUCUUUUCAUUCUCCUUCCUUUUUUCUUUCUUCAUCAUUCAUCCUCCGGAUUUUAUAGUGCUAUGAUGCUACCCAACGCGCAGCGCCAUGUCCAUUUCGUCGUUGCAAUAUGCCGACUUGCUACACUUGGUGCAAGGGAAUCCAGAACUUGCUGAUAAGAUCAGAACCUUGCGAUUGGGCUUAGAAGCUGACGACCUGCUCGAACACUUCAAAUACGACGCCAUGAUUGACCAGAAUUGCACCACCCAUACCGAAUACGAGCGAAAUGACAGUCACGCUAUCCGCAUCGUGAGGAGGAAAUGGUACCGCCGCCCCGACCCCUUAGGAUGGGGGAUAUACGGCAAGGUCUGGCUGGAGAGUGAUGAGGCCGACACGCAUCUUCGGGCAGUCAAGGUCGUGCAAAAGAACAUGAUGGAACGCGAUAGCAUCGACUACAAGAGGGAGAUUCUCGCACUGGCCAAGUUCUCGAAACCGCAGUACCAACAGCAGGAGGUCCUGGUCAGCUUUCUGGGCUGGUUGGAAGACCCCUCCAACCUUUAUCUUUAUAUGGAGUUCUUCCCACUAGGGGAUCUCGAGAGUCACAUAUCCGAGUCCAUCCCCGAAGAAGAGGUCAAGGAUAUCACCACCAAUCUCCUUAACGGCCUACGGAUCAUCCACGCUGAGCAGUUCACCCACCGCGACCUCAAACCCGGCAACAUCUUCGUGGCCCGAAAGCCCCCGGUCGCCCGAUGGUGGGUCAAGAUUGGCGACUUUGGCAUUGCGAAACGAGUGAACCAUGAGAGGACAGCCCUUUACACUUCCAUUGGUACUCCAAAGUACACUGCUCCAGAGGUGAGCGGAGAUCUGGAUACCGACGAACCAACAUCAAUCUAUGAUAACGCAGCCGAUAUGUGGUCUUUGGGCUGCGUGAUAUUCAGGAUCGCUACUCAGCAAGACCCAUUUCCGACGCGUAGAGACGUGCGGAGGUUCUGUGACGGGCGGGCACCCUUUCCCGACGAACCACUUCGGGGAAAAAUGGGUCUGGAUGGAGUGAAGUUUGUCAAGGCGCUCAUCUCUCCUUUACCCACCGAGCGCAUAACUGCAGAGGCCGCUCUUGGUAUGGCUUGGAUUCAAAAUCAUAAUCGGAACACGCUCGUAGCGACGGAUGAUGAAUGGGUUGACGGAUCGAGCCACAUGCCUACGCCAGGUCGAAGCACGUCAUCCAUUGACUUUAACAAGGCUCCAAAGGAUCAGAUAGCAACGACCAGCGACGAAUUUCAUUCCCUGCUGGGUCACCCGAGUUCUGGAACUGAGAAGGUUCCUUCUACUCCCAAAGGGGGAUUAACGAUACGAAGCGGCAAAACCCAGGCUCAGUCGAUUCGCCGAAGACCUGAAGUGCCAGAAGCUCGUACUGCUGAGCCUACUUUACCCUCUUCACGAAGCCCUUUUUCUCUGAGUCAUACAGACCCUCCAAGGCAUACGAUAUUAAGCUCGAGCGACAAAGUUCCGUCCCAGCAGCAUCAUUCCAAACCCGAUUCUGCGUCUGCGCAGGCCCUUCGUCCUAGCCCUGCGGUUUUUGAGGAACAUAAAGCAAAGCAGUCUCAAGCCGCAGGACAAGCCAGAAAUCCGCAACAAGAUGACAGGUCAGAGGCUGCAGGUGCGUCCUCCGAGAUAGUCUCUUUUCAGGGGCAUUCUGGCACUCUACGAGAUGGGAAGGUCACUUCUACGAGACGGCCAGGACGAAGACAAAGGUAUCCUGCCAAGCAGUCUUCACAGUCCGAAAUACCAGAGCCCAUUCUGUCCGGUGUCGAGGGCCACACAAGCGUCUUCAAGGCGCAUGUGGUGCCGGAGAACCACACGUUGAACAUCAUCGCCAUCCAUGGUAUGGAGAACACGGCAGACGGAGCCUGGACUCACAUUGAUGGCGGGGUUGAAGUCAACUGGCUUACACAUCCCGACAUGCUUCCCAAAGCCUUGCCCACGGCCAGCAUAUACACAUUUGAGUGGAGAAUGCCUUUCGGUAGCGGAAUCAUAAGCGGGGUGCUACGGCGCCGUGGGUUUGAGCUCAGGCAUAAGUGGCAGGAGGCGCUGACUCGGACGCCAAAACCCACGGUUGUCAUUGCUUGUGACUUUGGUGGGCUAGUGCUGGCCAGCGCUCUCGCCCAAGCCGAAGGCAGGCGCGACGCACAAGCAUGGCUACUGGACUCCCUACGAGGCCUAGUCUUUCUCGGGACUCCGUUCCGCGGAGCCGAUGACGACGGGCUAAAGCGAUGGGAGGCCUACCACUCCCACAUCGUGCAGUUGUGUCAGGCGAAGUCUGACUUAUCAGCCCUCGACUGGUUGAGCCGAGGGCGACUGAUCAACAUUCUGAGCAUUGUCCACACGCCCUUUCUCCAAGAAAUCUGCCAAGGCUUGGAGAGGGCAAUCACCAACCACAACCGCACCAUCCCCACCGUCUGUUACUACGAGAUCCACGACACCAAGUUCAAACGGAGCCCACUCACGUUCAAGCGGCCGGCCAAGCCGGGCGUGCUGGUCGAAUCCACCGACGCCUGGCCCGGCAUCACCUCCGUCCACCACGCGGGCCUACCCACUGAUCACCGCGGGUUGAAUAAAUUUGCCGGCCCGCAUGAUCCCAGCUAUCGCAAGCUACGAGAUCAGAUUCUCGCUUUUGUGGGCGAUACCGUGCCGCGGACUCUGCCCUCAGAAUGGGACUAUGAUGACGUUCAUGUGGAGGAGUAUGCGACUCGGUAGCGGCCUGGACAUGGUCAUACAAGGGACUUGCAGUCGAGGUGACUUCCGGUCAGCCAGAAGCAAUAAGUUUCGAUUUUCACAGAGACACGAGAUGUCUAAGGCUUUCCCACCGACCCUCUACCUUAAAAUCCAUGGUAUUGGACAAUCGAUCGACCCAGCCUUCCUCGGCAUAUAACCUGAUUCAUGGAACCCGUUCUAUCUUGUACAUUUAGUAUAUAAAUGUGAUUCUGCGGAUAUUCAAGGACGGGCGGGCGUGCCGAGGGACUUCGGUCGCUUUGACGCCCCACUGAAGACAAAGGAAAACCUGUGAAUUCAACAACAUCCGAUAUGGUGUAG